UAUAUAUAUAUCCCUUUAAUUAUUAGUACAUAUACAUAUAUGCAUAUAUAUAUCAUGUCUAGUAUUAGUAGUACUAUCGUUGUGUCGAAACAAGUCGUCGGAGUUGUAAAUCAUCCUCAGCAUUCAGACAAGAGAUCAAACGGACAACAAUGGCAGCUCAAAAACAACCUCAAACGACGACCGCUAUUAUUCACUUCCAACAAACGAGCAAUCGUCAAAAUCCGGCCUCUUCAGGCUAUUGUCACCACAGCAGAGACAAUUUCUCCGUUAAUCCGCAACAGUGCCAUGGCUAACUACGUUCCCCUCUUCGUCAUGCUUCCGCUUGGAGUGGUUACUAGAGAAAACAAGUUCCCGGACGAAGCCAAGUUCGAAAAGCAACUCAACGAACUAAAACGAGCGGGAGUAGACGGAGUAAUGGUGGACGUGUGGUGGGGUAUAACAGAGGCCCAUGCCCCGAAGCAAUAUGAUUGGUCUUCUUACGUAAAACUAUUUCAUCUUGUCCGAAAAUGCGGUCUCAGAAUUCAGGCAAUUAUGUCUUUCCACCAAUGCGGUGGCAAUAUCGGUGACGGUGUUUACAUUCCGGUCCCACAAUGGGUUCUUUCCAUCGGAGAAAAAGAUGCUGACGUGUUCUACACUAACAAAUCGGGGAAUAGAAAUCAAGAGUACUUAUCUCUUGGUGUCGAUAACCUCCCUCUCUUUCAGGGUCGAACCGCUGUUGAGAUGUACCGCGACUACAUGAUUAGCUUCAAAGAGAACAUGUCGGAUUUUUUGGAAGACGAAACGAUUAUCGAUGUCGAAGUCGGGCUAGGGCCCGCUGGAGAACUAAGAUACCCAUCAUAUCCAGAGACUCAAGGAUGGGUAUUUCCAGGCAUUGGAGAAUUUCAAUGCUAUGACAAGUACUUGAAACAAGAUUUCAAAGAAGCCGCAGCAAAUGCAGGGCACCCGGAAUGGGAUUUGCCGGACAAUGCAGGAACGUACAACGACACCCCCGAAAAAACGGGCUUCUUCAAGCCAAACGGGACCUACAAGACGGAAAAGGGAAUAUUCUUCUUGAAAUGGUACUCAAAUAAGCUAAUCGAACAUGGUGAUCAAAUUCUCGACGAAGCCAACAAAAUUUUCCAAGGGUACAAAAUCAGGAUAGCUGCCAAAGUGUCAGGAAUUCACUGGUGGUACAAUGACGACAGCCACGCCUGUGAGCUAACAUCGGGUUACUAUAACAUGAAAGACAGAGACGGGUACCGUCCGAUCGCAAGAAUGAUAUCGAGACACUAUGGUACUUUGAACUUCACUUGUAUGGAAAUGAGAAAUUUCGAGCAAUCGGCCGAGGCUAAGUGUGCUCCUCAACAACUUGUUCAACAGGUUCUGAGUGGGGGGUGGACGGAAAAAAUCGACGUAGCUGGUGAGAAUGCUCUACCAAGAUACGAUCGAGCGGGAUACAAUCAAAUCCUUUUGAAUGUUCGGCCAAAUGGGGUCAACAAAAACGGGCCCCCAAAACUUAAAAUGGCCGGAGUCACGUACCUUCGCCUAACCGACGAGCUUUUCGAGCCCCAAAACUUCAAGAUAUUUAAGCUAUUUGUCAAGAAAAUGCAUGCUGAUCAGGAGUAUUGUCGUGAAAUGACCGAUUUACCCCCGUUGAAGAGAUCGAAACCGAAGAUUCCGAUCGAGAAACUACUGGAAGCAACGGAAACUAUAGAGACAUUCCCAUGGGAGAGUGAAACGGAUAUGAGUGUUGGGGGUAUUUUAGCUGAUUAUUUGGACAACUUGUUCAACAAGUUGUUUUCGAUCCUAAACUAAAGACGUAUUUAUUACAUGCAUUCUAUGUUGUCUGUGUACAUACUAUGUACAUGCAGUUAGCCCUGAUUUUAUCUAUUUUUUUCAUGGGGUCAGAAAUUGGGUUGAAAUUGAAUUGGAAUUUCCAAAUUGGCAAAUUCCGCUAAUUUAAUCUAGUUAUAAAAUUCCCAUUUUCAA